CUCUCUCGCGUGCUUCUCCCGGUGGGAUGGAAGUCCCUGGGAAUCCUCCUCCCCCGUAAGCAGGCGGCGGGGGCCCGAGUUCGGUGCAAAAAUGCUGGGCAUGUACGUGCCGGAUAGGUUCGCCCUGAAGUCGUCCCGGGUGCAGGACGGGAUGGGGCUCUACACGGCCCGCAGAGUGAAGAAGGGUGAAAAAUUUGGCCCCUUUGCAGGGGAGAAGCGAAUGCCGCAGGAACUGGAUGAGAACACGGACUGCAGGCUCAUGUGGGAGGUUCGUGGGAGCAAAGGCGAGGUCCUUUAUAUCCUGGAUGCGAGCAAUCCGCGCCAUUCCAACUGGCUGCGCUUUGUCCACGAGGCUCCGUCCCAGGAGCAGAAGAACCUGGCAGCCAUCCAGGAAGGGGAAAAUAUUUUCUACCUGGCUGUGGAAGAUAUUGAAACAGACACAGAACUGCUGAUUGGGUACUUGGAUAGUGACAUGGAAGAAGAGGAAGAGGAGGAGGAAGAGGUAACUGUCAUCCAGGAAGUUGAAGACAGUGGCAACAAUAAAGAAACGCAACCAGCUGGUGAAAAAAUUGCAGAUCCCCUCACGUGUAAAGAGGACCAUGCAUGCCCACACUGUGAAUCCAGUUUUGCCAGCCAGGAGAUUCUGGCUGAACAUCUGCAGACUUUGCACCAAAAGCCCAGCGAGGAAAAGGAAUUUAAGUGCCGAAAUUGUGGGAAGAAAUUCCCUGUUAAACAAGCUCUACAAAGACAUGUCCUGCAGUGCACGGAGAACAUCAGCCCGGGAGACUCCUCCAGAAGCUUCCAGUGCUCUGUUUGCAACACUGCCUUCAGCUCAGAAUCGAGUUAUGAGCAGCACAAGGAGGCGUGCAGAGGGGAUGCCAGGUUCAUCUGCAAGGCAGAAAGCUGUGGGAAGAGGUUCAAGAGUAAGGAUGCCCUGAAAAAGCACAAAGAAAAUGUCCACAGUGGAAAUUCUAGGAAGAAGCUGAUGUGUUCAGUGUGCAAUAAGAAAUGUUCCUCAGCAGCAAAUCUCCAAGAGCAUCGAAAGGUCCACGAGAUCUUUGAGUGUCAGGAGUGUGACAAGAAAUUUAUUUCGGCGAACCAGCUGAAACGCCACAUGAUAACUCACUCAGAAAAACGCCCCUACACCUGCGAGGUUUGCAAUAAGUCCUUCAAACGACUUGAUCAAGUGACUGCACACAAAAUAAUACACAGUGAAGAUAAACCUUAUAAAUGCAAGCUUUGUGGAAAGGGAUUUGCCCACAGAAAUGUUUACAAGAAUCACAAGAAGACCCAUUCUGAGGAGAGACCAUUCCAGUGUGAGGAGUGCAAGGCUUUGUUCCGAACCCCGUUCUCGCUCCAGAGGCAUCUGUUAAUCCAUAACAGUGAGAGGACCUUCAAGUGUGAUCACUGUGACGCUACUUUCAAAAGAAAGGACACCUUAAAUGUUCACAUUCAAGUUGUGCACGACGGACACAAGAAAUACAAGUGUGAUCUCUGUGACAAAGCUUUUGUGACACCCUCAGUCCUGAAGAGCCAUAAGAAAACUCACACAGGAGAAAAAGAGAAGAUUUGCCCAUAUUGUGGACAGAAGUUUGCAAGCAAUGGCACGCUGAGAGUUCAUAUUCGAAGCCAUACAGGUGAGCGGCCCUACCAGUGUCCUUACUGUGACAAAGCCUUCAGCAAGAACGACGGCCUGAAGAUGCACAUCCGCACCCACACCAGGGAAAAGCCGUACCAGUGCUCGGAGUGUAACAAGGCUUUCAGUCAGAAGCGGGGCCUGGACGAGCACAUGAGGACCCACACCGGAGAGAAGCCGUUCCAGUGUGACCUUUCUUGUUGCUAUGUGAAAGUCAUUAACUUGAGUUGGUUCUUGAGAUGCCAAAAUGUAUGAGUACAGAAGCUGUGGAAUUCUAUCAACAUUGAGUAUGAGGCAGAGGAGGAUUUAUUUCUUCUGGUUACAUGAAACAAGAACUAAAGUGAAAACUUUGAGCAAUUCGGUUCAAGUGCUGUAUUCAUACCCCUCACUGUGGCUGGCAAGGCAAGUGGAAACACAUCUUAGCAGAG